CGCAUUUGAAAAAACCGAAAAAGAACAUAUUUUUUUCUCUUGACGUUUUAAUCAUCCUAUUUUUGCAAUGGUGGUGGAUGUGAUUAACUUAUUUGUAUAUACGUCGUCAAUGACGAUUCACACAACAGUUUCAAUUCAGCUACUUACCGAAGAACAUAAAGAAUUCUAGGGACCGAGAGCAAAUUAGUAAAAAUGAGAAAAUUCAUUUUGUUGAUUUUGUUUCAAGUAAUUUUGUUGGUUGCUGCAUAUCCAGCUGAAAAUGAUGAUGAUACACCGAUUAAGAAGAUAGUAAUUCGUCCCACAAGUCGUAGCGAUUUUAUUCAAGCGAAACAGCAUCAUCGUGGCCGAAAAAUUGAAAAUGAACCCACUAUAAUAAAAGUGUUGAAAAAGCCAGCCAUUAAAUCGAUAGCAUUGAAUCAUCCGAAGAAAUAUGACUCAAAAGUUCACAUCCUAUCUAACGGUGAUGACAAUUCGAUUCACUAUGCCAAAGCAAAAGUUAAUGGCAGUUUUCGCAACAGCCCAAUUCGAGCGAUCAAUGCACGGAAGUCACGUAAAUUACGACCAACAAACAAAAGCAUAAGUAAAUGAUUGGUUACGAUUAGCGAUGAAAAAUGGUGUUCAAAUAUUUAGAGAAUUGUCAAGUUAUAUGCAAACGAAAAUAUUCAUUUCGCAUGAAUGUGUGAAACUAUCCGUUCAAUAAUGUUAAGCAUAUUUUCCAAAUGAGUUAAGGUCUUUUUUCGGAAUAAAAGAUGUAAAAUUUUA